CUCGACGAUGGUCAAGAAUCUGAUGAGCUUCACUUCCGCGUGCCAACGAUGCGCAGUGAUAUUACAGCCGAGUUGAACUUCGAGGCGGCGCAGGCUCGAAGGUGUGAGCAAUUGCAUGGCAAGACCAAACGAUGCUUCAGUCGCACGUAUACAAGUUAUAUCGAUGUAUAGGCUCGUGCUAGAUUGCAAAACGGUAUCUGAAUCACAAUCAAAUGUGGUCCGAAAGAGAUUCUAUCCAAGCUGGUACAGCCUAUCCUGCCUAAGUGAACACACGGUUCUACCGAUCGAUCCCUGAUCGCUUCGUCCAACUCGUGAGACCCC